CCUGGUCACCAUCCUGAUGCCCAUCUGCUGCUCGGAUACUUCCUCAUGUUACAGAAGCAGAGCAGAGUGUGUCUCUGAUGGAGGCGGUGCUGAGCAGCAGCAUCAACGUCGACGCCGUCGACUACAAGGGAAACACGGCUCUUCACUACGUCUGUCAGAGGAAGAGUCAGCGUCUGGUUCCUCUGCUGCUGGAGAGAAACGCUGACCCCAACAUCCAGAACUACGACGGAGAGACGCCGCUGGACAUCGCCACCAGACUAAAGUUCAAGAAGAUUGUCCUCAUGCUGAGGAAGAGUCAGUGACCCCUCUCUGGUCGAGUUCAACUGCUAACAACGUUAGCCUAGCUUAGCAUAAACACAACAACGUUAGCCUAGCUUAGCACAAAGACAACAACGUUAGCCUAGCUUAGCACAAACACAACAACGUUAGCCUAGCUUAGCACAAACACAACAA